AUUUUUCCAAAAAUAUAUAAAUAUGACAAUUUCUUCCCUUUCCCUCUUCAUUUAUUUUUCCCUUGAGAUUUUUUUUCUCUCCCUCUUUCCUUUUUCGUCUUCUUACAGUUCUAAACUCCCAAUCUCGCAUGCUCAAGGAAUUUUAAGGCUUGUUCUGCAAAAUGGAGAAGAACCAGGAGCUGGAGUGGGUAAAAGCACAACAGAUUGAAAUAAGUGUUGAUUUGGUAGCUGCAGCUAAACGUCAGCUUCAGUUUCUCGCCACCGUCGACCAGAAUCGAUUCCUUUAUGAAGGCCCUUGCCUUGAAAGGGCUAUUUAUAGGUACAACGCUUACUGGCUUCCAUUGCUUGCCAAACAUUCUGAAUCCCCACUAUUUGAUGGACCUUUAGUUGUCCCCUUUGACUGUGAAUGGAUUUGGCAUUGUCACAGAUUGAAUCCUCUGCGGUACAAAUCUGAUUGCCAGGAACUUUAUGGAAAGAUACUUGACAAUGCCAAUGUUAUAUCGACAAUUGGAAGUUCUUGUCUAAGAGAAACUGAAGAAGUUUGGAACGAAUUAUAUCCUGAAGAGCCCUUCAACUUCAACCCAACCGGGGAGUAUCAAGAAGAUGCUUCAAAAGUGCUCUCAGGACUUGAUAAAUACACCAAAUAUGAUUUAGUUUCAGCUGUUAAAAGACAAAGUCCCUUCUUUUAUCAGGUGUCCCGACCUCACAUGGACAAUGAAAUUUUCCUUCAAGAAGCUGUGGCUAGAUACAAAGGAUUUCUAUAUUUAAUCAAAAGUAACAGGGAGAAGUCCAUAAAACGCUUUUGUGUUCCAACAUAUGAUAUUGAUCUAAUUUGGCAUUCUCAUCAAUUGCACCCGCUUUCCUAUUGUAAAGAUUUAGAAAAAAUAAUUGGUAUGGUAUUGGAACAUGAUGAUAUGGAUUCAGACCGAACCAAAGGGAAGAAAUUGGAUAAUGGGUUCUCUGGAACUACUAAACAGUGGGAAGAUACAUUCGGUACUAGGUACUGGAAGGCAGGGGCAAUGUAUAGAGGCAAUGGCCCAUCUCCUCUCAUGCUAAAUUCGUAUUCAGCUUCAACUAACAUGAUUAAAGAUGAUGUGGUUUCAUCCCAAGAGUGUCAAAAUAUAGUUCAUCUUCCAGAAUUAAAGACAGUUGAGGUCCUAUUGGAGUUUGUGGAAGUUAAAAACAUACCAGAAGGGUUGAAAGGAAAUCUUUUUGUACAAUUUAUGAAAAGUAAACCAGAUGCUAUAUUCAAUUCCAAAUGGAAACUAAGUAUAUUAUCUGAGACAGGGGUGAAACAGGUAGCAUCUUUCCAGUGUGAACCUAAAGGAGAUCUGCAAUUUGAGCUCAUAUGCUGUAGGUCUUCCAACAUACCUAUAACACGGACCACCUUAACAUUGGGUUCAAUUUUUCUCCCUCUACAUGAUAUUCUUGUUCCAGCCUCUAAGCUCUCAAUGGAGAGAUGGUUGGAGCUGAAACCAGUUUCAGACCAUGUAAGCUCAAAACCAAUUUCCCUCCGAGUGGCUAUCUCAUUCACCGUUCCCCACCCUGCACCACGGGAAUUUCAUAUGUUUAGUUCUCGAGAACUGUCCCGAUGGACUUCUUUUCUCCCUUCCUGCACAAGGAUGCAACGCUCAAAGGGUUGGACGCAAGUCACUGAUGAAGCAGGAAAUGAGGUCAUCAACCUCCAAUUGAGGGAUUCACUGAAUGCAAAGGUGGGGAAAAAUUCCAUUCCACCAAGUAAGGAGGUUAUUGGCAUUAAAAUAUCCGGUGAAUCAUGCCAUCUUGCUGAGUAUGUAAAGACAGGGUGGUCUCUGAUUGAUGGUCAAUGGUUCCUUGAUUUUCAACAAAAAUCCAGUGAAGAUGGUCAUCUUUUCAAGCUUGUGGGCAAGAGACUGGUGAAAUUUUUCCAGGGCAGGAAGUUGGAUUAUGAGCCCAAAAAUUGUGAGAAACAUAACCGUGAACAUGAUUUUGUGUCUGCCAUCGAGUUCUCUGCAGAAUAUCGGUAUGGAAGAGCAGUGGCAUUGUUCGACUUGAAAUUUGGAGUUAUCAAGAUAAAGGAAGAAUGGAUGGUGGUGCCUGGAAUCAUGACAGCUUUUAUUCUCCUUCACACACAGAAGAAAAAAGGGUAUAAUGGCCUAACUAUAAGUGAAGAAAAAUUGGAGGUUGACCCUGUUCCUGAAAGAGUACAAACGUCUGGCAAGGAAGAAAAGAAUAUGAAUCUGACCAAUUUAUCCUUUUCAACUACAGAUCUAAAAGUCAAUGUUUCUGAAGGAAUUGCAGUUGUGCCAGUAAAAGAAGAAGAGCUAUUUAGCAGUGACAAUAUAACAAUGCCAUUGAAAGAGGAUAAGCUUAACAGUCAUUGUGGUCGAAACACGGUGAAGAGUGGUGGAUGUGGUGGAUGCGGUGCUGGUAGUUGCGGUGCAGGGUGUGGAAACAUGGUGAAGAGCUGUGGAUGUGGUGGAUGUGGUGCUGGUGGUUGUGGUGGUGGGUGCGGAAAUAUUGUAAACAGUGGUGGUUGUGGUGGAUGUGGUGGGGGAGGAUGCGGUGGUGGUGAGUGCGGAAACAUGGUAGAGAACAGUGGUUGCGGAGGGUGUGGUGGAGGGUGCGGUGGUGGGUGCGGUGGAUGUGGUGGUGGAAUCCUAGCAAAGAGUGGCGGCUGUGGUGGCUGUGGUGGCUGUGGUGGCUGUGGUGGAUGUGGCAGUUUUGGCUCUAAAACUGCCCAACCAAACGAAGGUAACCAGAGUGAAGAAAGUAUUGCUGGAAAAGAGUUGUAAACAGCUUGAGCAAUGGAAUGUGCCUAAUGAACAAAGUUUGUGUUACUUUCCCUUUAAAAAAUGUAUAGGCAAAGUCCAAAACCUACUCAAUAAACAUAUGAAAGUCAUGUUGUGUUUACCACUUUGUGUGUGUAAUGCCUGUGUCAAAAUCAUGGUUUGUGUACAAGUCUCAUGAUUUGUAAAAUGGGUUUGGCUGUAUAUAUUCACAAAUAAAUGUGUAGCCACGUCAGUGUGAGAAUUUGAACCACUUUCAUCUCUAUUACAUAGAAAAUAGAGAGAAAAUUUCCUUUGCCAAUA